AUGUGCUCCCGCCUUUGGUUCGUGACCGACCGACGUAUUAGCCAGGAAUAUCCCCAAGUUGAGAUCCUCCGGGCAUUGAAGGAGCGCUGCGCCGAGGAGGAUGUGGAAUUCCGCUCUCUUCUCAUGGAUCAAAUCGUGCUCACCAUCAGUGAGGGACAAUUAGGCCUGCAAGUGGAUCAAGAAACGGUGACAUCUUAUCCACAGGUGGUGGUGGUGCGGGUGCCCACACCAUGGGUGCAGUCAGACAGUGACAUCACGGUAUUGCGUCACCUAGAGAAGAUGGGCUGUCGGCUGAUCAAUCGUCCUCAGGCUAUACUCAACUGUGUCAACAAGUUCUGGACCUUUCAAGAGCUAGCUGGCCAUGGCGUGCCUCUUCCUGACACCUUCUCAUAUGGGGGGCAUGACAACUUCCGAAAGAUGAUUGAUGAGGCAGAACCGCUGGGCUACCCAGUAGUGGUGAAGAAUGCACGUGGACACAGAGGCAAGGCUGUGUUCUUGGCGCGGGACAAACACCACCUGACAGACCUGUGCCACUUGAUCCGUCAUGACACACCCUACUUGUUUCAGGAGUAUGUCAAGGAGUCACAUGGCCGUGAUGUACGCGUGGUCCUAGUGGGCGGCAGAGUCAUCGGCUCCAUGCUACGCUGUUCCACUGAUGGACGUAUGCAGAGCAACUGCUCCCUAGGUGGCGUGGGAAUGAUGUGCCCUCUGAGCGAGCAGGGAAAGCAGUUGGCAACUGAGGUAUCAAACAUCCUUGGUAUGGACGUGUGCGGCAUCGACCUCCUGCAGCUCAACGACGGCUCCUUUGUGGUGUGCGAGGCCAACGCCAAUGUGGGCUUCAUCGCCUUCGAUCAGGCUUGUGGCAUGGACGUGGCAGGCAUCGUAGCUGACUACGCUCUUUCCAUGCUCCCCAAUCGCCUCACCCGUAAGAUGUCUUUGCUGUCUGUGGUGUCGAGCACCAGCGAGACAAGCAGCGAGCCUGAAGUGUGUCCGGUUCCCUCCGUGGGGGGCUCCCUGCCCGAGGCGGUGUGCAACAUGAGCGUGGGUUCCACCUCUAGCGAGAGCGACCCCGAGCUUGCCGAGCCUUCCCAGUCACCUCCCUGCCAAGCCUCAGGUCCGGGUCUUCCUGACCCAACCUACAACUUCAACACGUUGCUCGCCAGCGAGAUCAAGCUAUUGACUGAGUGA